ACCCUCUCUGCAGGCUCCAGCGCGCUGAGGUUGCAUGGGGCGCCGCCGGCGGCCGAGGGAGCGUGACUGCACUGCGCAGGGCGCUAGGAGGCAUUGUAGCCGUAAGUGGAGCAGCAAGCGGCCCGGAAUGGGACCCCACGCUUCGUGCACCGCAAAGUUCAGGCUCCCCUGUGAGCAGCAGACCAGCCCCGUGGCUGGCAACAGGACACCCACGUCUGCAUGCUGAAGAAGAUGGGUGAGGCUGUGGCCAGAGUUGCAAGGAAGGUCAAUGAGACAGUGGAGAGUGGCUCUGACACGCUGGACCUAGCCGAGUGCAAGCUCGUUUCCUUCCCCAUCGGCAUCUACAAGGUCCUGCGGAAUGUCUCUGACCAGAUCCAGCUCAUCACUCUGGCCAACAAUGAACUCAAGUCCCUCACCAGCAAGUUCAUGACCACGUUCUGUCAGCUCCGAGAACUCCACCUGGAAGGGAACUUUCUGCACCGCCUCCCCAGUGAGGUCAGCGCCCUGCAGCACCUCAAGGCCAUCGACCUGUCCCGGAACCAGUUCCACGACUUCCCUGAGCAGCUCACCACCCUGCCAGCGCUGGAGACCAUCAACCUGGAAGAGAACGAGAUCGUGGAUGUGCCCGUGGAGAAGCUGGCCACCAUGACCGCCUUGCGCAGCAUCAACCUCCGCUUCAACCCACUGAACGCCGAGGUGCGCGUCAUCGCCCCACCCCUCAUCAAGUUUGACAUGCUCAUGUCCUCGGAGGGGGCACGGGCCCCUCCACCUUAGGUCUCCCUCCUCAUGCCCACCCGGCAAGGGACAGAGGCCACCUGGCCUGGCACCCUGAAGGGAGGGAGGGAGUCCCAGAGGCUCAUGAGAAGUUAAGCUUGGGGGUGCCGGGGAUGGGUGGGCCAAAUAGCACACGGUAGGAGGGGGCACAGCUGGUCCAGGAUAGAUAGCUUAGAGCAGUGGUGGGCCCUGGAGUGCCCCAGAGAGAGGAGGUGAGUGGGCACUGGAGCCGAGACUCACAGCUUCUGUGCGAAGUUAGGCAGACUCCCACUCUCUCAGAGCCUCAUUAUUUAUUUGGGAGAAGGGGCAGUGGCGGGGGCCUUCGCCUCCUUUGGGCUCCUUGAGGCUUUUCAGGCAACCCAUGCCUCCAAGUUACCUUCAGAUCAUUUGGCACCUUCUGAGCCGACAGAUGAGCAUCACUGAGCAUUUUCUGGGCCCCUGUGAUUCUGAGUCCUUGUUACCAGUUCUGAGAGCCAGUCACUGCCCUGAGAGGAAUAGAAGACAAUUUCCAUCUAUUUAUUGCUCCCUGAGAACCGACCCAGAUGAAACCCUUAGUUCCCAGUCCUCACCUUGUGGGUCUCUGGAUUGGUGGGAGCCUGAACCGGUAGUCAUGGGAAGGCUGUGGAGAGAGCAUGGCUGAUGCUCAGUAGGGCUGAGAACGUGUAUAUAGGAGCCCAAGGCCUAUUGGGCCAGGAGACCAGGGAGCAAAUCAGGCCAGCUCUGUCCUCACUCACGAUCAAGAAAUCGGGUAGGAAAUUGAGUGUUCCUUGGGGCUGACCAGCUGUGCCUGGAAUCACCCUUUGAGCUGCAGAAGAGGCGGCAUAGAGAGAAACAAAGCCAUCUGUGCCCGUGGCUCUGGUCCAAGGUAAUUAGAUGGCCGUCCUCACUACAGCCUCCCUUUGGCAGCAGCCUGGCUGCUUUGUUGUUGCUCCUCCUUGGGGCCGAAGACACUAUGGACCAUUGGAUUUGUGGCCAGUCAGCUCCCAGUCAUCUCUAGGCCUUCAACCUGGGGUCUAGGGUGUGGCCAAUCGAUAGGAUGGCCAACCAUUCCUGUUUGCCCAGUACUGACAGGUUUCCUGGGACAAGGGACUUUCAGUGCUAAUACCGGGACAGUACCCAGCUGGUCCCCUACCAGGAGAGAGCCUGAGGCUCUUGCUUUCUGAUGACAUCUGUGGCUUAGAGAGCCCCCGACCUCCCGAUCUCCCAGGUAUCUACCUCCCACCUUCUCAUCUGUGGAGCAGGCAGGCUCAGAGCCCACAGCCCACCUGGUCUGGCCCUUUGUCUUUGUCUCUGGGAGACACUGAGGCUCCAGGACUUGUGACAAGCAUGACCACCCAAAUCCUAUGUGCACGGACAAGUAGCCACUCUUCCACUGCUAGGGUUAAGCUGUUCAGAGCUCAGACCACGGCUCAGAGCAGUAACCCUUUCUCAGAGUGCUGCUGUCCCCUUUCCCCCUCCCCAGCCCUGGGCCUGUCCCAGCCCAGGCCUCCCAUCUCUUGGAAAGUUGCUGACAGGUUGGGUCACUGGUGGCCCAUCACUGAGCAUUCAGUGUCCUAAGAGAUGAUUUGUUUGCUCUGCUCAUCUUACAGGCCUGGUUGGCCAAGCUCUGGGAAAGGGGUUUUUGGGGUGAGGAGGUCUAUACAGGAUCUCCAGAGCUAUGGAGUCCAGCUGUGCACAUUGGGGACAAGUGAGGGCUACAGUUUAGCUCAGGACUGGCCCCGUACACCCUCUCUGCUGGAGUGAGGUCUCUCCUGGUCAAAGAAGGGGUGUGCUUUUCUGACAUGUACAUAGGCAUUUUAUGGCCAGAGCCUCACAACCUGAAGUGUGGUCUGUGGACCAGAAGCAUCAGCAUAUGGGGGAGCUUGUUAGAAAUGCAGAGUCCCAGGCCCCACCCCAGCCCUCCUGAAUCAGAACCUGCAUUUCAACAAGAUCCCCAGGUGAUUCCUACAAGCACUUUACCAUUUGAGAAGCAAAGGCCUGGGGUGACCCUAGGGAUGUCCUCAGAGUGGAGAAUGAAGAUUCUCUUGCCCCCUGCUACUUACAGGGCUCCGAGUCUGUGCUCAUCCCUCUCUGUAAACCAGCCCCAGGAGACCCUGGGCCUCUUAGAGCCUUUCAGAGUCUACACGACUCUCCAGUGAAAGGGUGUGACCCAGAGUCACUAGGGGAUGAAGGUUGGAUUUACCUGGUUCUCUGGACACCGCCUUUCGGGUGAACCUCCAUCUGCCAAGCUCCUGCUUCCCCAGAUCCUCACCUCUGGCCCUUUGAAGGGGUUGCUUCAGGAAGCUGUAUUCUACUCUGCUGGGAGAGUUUGCCCUUGCCUGCCUAGGAAAGCCUGGGCAGUCAGAGAAGCCCCCAGAUCAGAGCCCACAGUGUGAAUAAGCCCUUAGCCUCAGUUGCAAUAAAGAAUGCAUUGGUUUCA